AUCACCUUCAUCCGCCAUAUUGCUUUCUUCUGUUUUUCAAAUCAGUGCCGCCUGAGCUGAGGAAUAGGUGAUGAAGAGAGGACACCAUUUUACACCAUUGGGAUACGGUCAUAGAUCUGCCAGUUUUUCUUACAACUAUGUGGGGACGGACCACCUGGUUCUAACCGGGUUUACGGCCAAUUUACAGAAUAUGCCUCAUGCUCCUCGGUAGUCCAAAACCUGGGCGGACCGCGUUAAGAUCAACGUGGUUUCCCCAAAUCAGCGCGGUUUCUAUCUGCAGCCGCAGGAAGCAUAACGGACAGAGAAAGGCAAGACAGCCAGCCCGAGGCCCGUCUUUACUACCAUGCAGCGGCCGGGUGGUCGCCAUCGCCACAAUGGCCACUCUCUGCUCCGCAAUAACAAUUCCAUGAUCUCAUACAUCGCUUCUCCUUCACCGCGCGCUUCCACCACGGGCGCCUAUGCGGAAUACUCCACCAACAACAACAGGCCGAUAAAGCCCGAGCUGGUCUGCAAAUGGACGGACCACGAGCACCGUGACCGAACUUCAAAACAAAGGAUAUGCGACCAAACUUUCAGCUCCAUGCACGAGCUGGUGGACCACGUAAGCACCGAGCACGUCGCUGGGCUCGAGCCCCUGAGCCAUGUUUGUAUGUGGGAAGAAUGCCUGAGAGAAGGAAAGGCGUUUAAAGCCAAAUAUAAACUGAUAAACCACAUCAGGGUACACACUGGGGAGAAACCGUUCUCCUGCACUUUCCCAGACUGCGGGAAAGUGUUUGCUCGGUCGGAAAACCUCAAGAUUCACACGCGCACGCACACAGGUGAGAAGCCAUUUCAGUGUGAGUUCCCCGGCUGCCUGAGGAAAUUUGCCAACAGUAGUGACCGUAAGAAGCACUCGCAGGUUCACACCAGCGCCAAACCGUACGACUGCAAGUCCCACGGCUGCUUCAAGUCCUACACGCACCCCAGCUCCCUCCGAAAACACAUGAAGAUCCACCUCAACGCACUCAAGUCCUCUCCUACCUCCGAACCCAUAGACCUGUCGUUCACAGGGAUUCUUGGGAAACGUAGUUCCCGGGAUUACGUAGCUUCGCGGACUAACUGCUCGUCCUCCAGGCUCUCGCUGGCUCCGACGGUGUCCAACAUGAAGGAGUGGUACGUGUGUACCAGGACCAUAGGUCAGGGACAGAACUACCUCCAACUCACAGCAGACCAGAUCAAGUCAGAACCGUGCGGUGCUGAGUAUUACAGCACCACGUAGCAGCAGGAGGCUUUGCAUCAGGGACUGUGUGGACCACAACGGAUCCUAAAUACAGGGAUAGAAGCUGUAAGGACAUCACGUCUCGUAUCAAUAUGGCCGUGUGAUUAUUUAAAACACUUAUUAUUAUUAUUUUAACCUUUUAUUUAACUAGGCGAGUCGGUUAAGGACAAAUUCUUAUUUACAAUGACGGCCUACCCCCCGGUCAAACCCGGACGACACUGGGCCAAUUGUGGGACUCCCAAUCACGGGCGGAUAUGAUACAGCCUGGAUUCGAACCAGGGAUUGUAGGGACACAACUCCAUUGCACUGAGAUGCAGUGCCUUAGACCGCUGCGCCACUCGGGAGCGAUGAACACAACACACUUCCCCUGUCAAUAUGGAGAAGGACAGAUGGAAUGGAGACUUACUGUAUGUGUGAAUGUCUGGGCCAGUGUUCAUAAUGAAGCGCCAUGUAAGAGUGCUGAUCUGGGAUCAGGUUAGCCUUUUAGAUCAUAAUGAAUGCUAGAGAGAGGACCAGAUCCUAGUGCUGAUCUGGGAUCAGGUUAGCCUUUUAGAUCAUAAUGAAUACUAGAGGGGACCAGAUCCUAGUGCUGAUCUGGGAUCAGGUUAGCCUUUUAGAUCAUAAUGAAUACUAGAGAGAGGACCAGAUCCUAGUGCUGAUCUGGGAUCAGGUUAGCCUUUUAGCUCAUAAUGAAUACUAGAGAGAGGACCAGAUCCUAGUGCUGAUCUGGGAUCAGGUUAGCCUUUUAGAUCAUAAUGAAUACUAGAGAGAGGACCAGAUCCUAGUGCUGAUCUGGGAUCAGGUUAGCCUUUUAGAUCAUAAUGAAUACUAGAGAGGACCAGAUCCUAGUGCUGAUCUGGGAUCAGGUUAGUCUUUUAGAU